GGAGCUGAUUCGUCGUCUUGGCAACGGCGGGGCGCGGCCGCGCUCUGCGAUUGGCGGCGGCGCCUGUCAAUCCACCGCGGCCAGGGCCGCACUUCCGCCUCGGUGUCCGCGGUGCCGUCGCUGGAGCCGGUGCAGAGAACAAGAAAAGCAAGAUGGGAAAAAUAGGAGGAAAAAAGGCUUUUUUUUAAAUAACAUGCCACCAGAACUUCUGCAUGGUAAUAAAGAUCAUCUGAAGCAGCUGGAUAUUUGCAAAAGAAGCCCCUGACAGCACUCAGAUACUUUAAAUCAAGUUCAAGGAUGCAUUAGAGAGAGCUGCAGUGGCUGCACCAGAUUUCACCCUGAAGGAUGAACAGUGAAGAGGAGUUUUAUGAUGCCGUUACGGGCUUUGAUUCUGACAAUUCUUCAGGAGAGUUUUCAGAAGCAAAUCAUAAAUGUCCAGAAAUGCUUGAUCUAGAGCCACACCAAAGCAAUAAGACUGAAAAGCAUAAUGGAGAAACAGAGAUACAAGAAAAUGGGAUUAAGAGACACAGGACAUCAUUACCUGCCCCAAUGUUUUCUAGAAGUGAUUUUAGUGUGUGGAGCAUAUUAAAAAAAUGCAUUGGACUGGAGCUGUCCAAGAUUACAAUGCCUAUUGUGUUCAACGAGCCCUUGAGUUUCCUUCAAAGGAUAACAGAAUAUAUGGAGCAUAUAUACCUCAUCAAUAAGGCUUGUAGUCACACAGAUCCCCUGGAAAGAAUGCAGGCUGUAGCUGCUUUUGCAGUUUCUGCUGUAGCUUCUCAGUGGGAGAGAACUGGCAAACCCUUUAACCCACUGUUAGGAGAAACCUAUGAAUUAACCAGGGAGGACUUAGGAUUUAGGUUUAUAUCUGAACAAGUGAGCCACCACCCACCUAUUAGUGCAUUUUAUUCGGAAGGCCUCAAUAAGGAUUUCAUAUUUCAUGGAUCAAUCUAUCCCAAACUAAAAUUCUGGGGAAAGAGUAUAGAAGCAGAGCCUCGGGGAACAAUUACCUUGGAGCUUCUGAAGCACAGUGAAGCUUACACAUGGACAAAUCCAACCUGUUGUGUACAUAAUGUAAUUAUUGGUAAACUGUGGUUAGAACAGUAUGGAGUGGUAGAAAUCAUAAAUCACAGUACUGGAGAUAAAUGUGUCCUUAAUUUUAAACCAUGUGGACUGUUUGGGAAGGAGCUUCACAGGGUAGAGGGAUACAUCCAGGACAAGAACAGGAAGAAGCUGUGUGUGAUCUAUGGCAAGUGGACAGAAUGUCUGUGGUGCACUGACCCCACCACCUACGAGACCUACAAGAAGAAUGAGAAGAGAGGCAGUGAGCCGAAGAAGAAGUCGAGUGAAGAAGAUCUUAAAUCUGAAAAUGAUGAGGCUGAUGAAAUGCCAGAGGUUCAAGACUCAGUGCAGUUCAUACCAGGCAGUAAAUUGCUUUGGAGAAUAAACUGUAGGCCCCCAAACUCAUCACAGAUGUACAAUUUCACCAGUUUUGCUGUGAGCCUCAAUGAGCUGGAGAAGGGCAUGGAGGCAAUCCUGGCUCCCACGGACUGCCGGCUGCGGCCGGACAUCAGGAACAUGGAGAACGGGAACAUGGAUGUGGCAAGCAGAGAGAAGGAGAGACUGGAAGAGAAACAGAGAGCUGCUCGCAAGGAGCGUGCGAAGGACGAGGUGGAGUGGCACACACGAUGGUUUCAUCAAGGCACUAACCCAUACACUGGGACUGGAGAUUGGCUGUACUCAGGUGGCUAUUUUGAUAGAAAUUUCUCAGACUGUCCAGACAUAUACUGAAAUUCCAGAAGCAAUUGCUCAUCUCAUCCGGACAUCUAGUUACUAGAUUUCAUUCCAAGCCAGUUACUCUGGUUUUGUUGAUAGCAAAAACCAGCUUUUCAAAGUAAAUUUUAACAGAAAUUCUGUAAGUCAACAAUCAAUGAUUUAAUUCCCACUAACUUUGGAUUGCCAAAUAUUUAAAUACUGUUGUGCUUAUUCCGUAAAGCUGCACCUGAAAUCAUCAAAUUUUCACUAAUUUUCAGAGGGACCUUUGGUUGUCCAUUUCCUCCCCUAGUUUCUUUGCCAGGAGGAUAUGCUGUAUCUGUAGAGCACAUAACAUCCUUGAAAACUACAUAACUUAAAUAAACUAGAGAUAAUAUCCUUGAUAUUUAGUACAAUAGAGAAGCAGCUGAAGUUUUUGGCACUCGGAGCAGGGAUGAAAAGCCAACAUGGUACCAACAGGAUCAAUCCCAGUCCUGUCACACUCCCAUACUGUAUGUAGCACUCCCUGGGGACAGGAGCUCCUGGCCCCACUCUCAACAAUUCCAUAACUGAGAGCCUUGGGAACACAAAACCCAGCCUGGGGCUCUCACCCUGUAGUUGUCUGUUACAGAGUCUUCACAACUUUGGGACACUGUGAGCAUUAAACUGUAUACCUGUGAUAAAUCCCAUAGAGCAUACCUUAGGAGAAGGGAAGGGCACACCCCAAAUGUGCUUUUCCUCAGGUCAAAUGCUGUUAAAUGCUGUUCUUACCAUAGGAGAAGCUUUGGAAGCAAUAGCAGGAAUGUCGAGGUGGUUCCAAUGUACAAUAUAUUGCUUGCUACCACUUGGAGGCUUUACUCUUGUGCACUACCUUUGGCAGCUUUGGCACUGUGUAUGCUUCUAGACUAAACUUUCCUUUGGAAGCA